CGGUUCUUCUUGACGGUAAGCACUAAACUGCAAUCAUGCAGAUAUUCGUAAAGACUUUGACGGGUAAAACUAUCACCCUAGAAGUUGAACCUUCAGACACCAUCGAAAAUGUGAAGGCCAAGAUACAAGACAAGGAGGGAAUUCCCCCAGAUCAGCAACGUUUGAUUUUUGCUGGGAAACAGUUGGAGGAUGGACGUACACUUUCUGACUACAACAUUCAGAAAGAGUCAACCCUUCACUUGGUGUUGCGCCUUCGUGGUGGCAUCAUUGAGCCCAGUCUUCGUAUUUUGGCAUCAAAGUAUAACUGUGACAAGAUGAUCUGUCGAAAGUGCUAUGCUCGCCUCCACCCUAGAGCCACUAACUGCCGCAAACGCAAAUGUGGACACACCAGCAACAUCCGGCCCAAAAAGAAGCUGAAGUAAAUUAUUCACCGGACUGCCGUUGUGAAUUUGCUGUGAUCAUUUUGGAUGAUUAAAGACAGUUCAGCAGUCAGUUA